GCUGAGAGGCCCCAGUGUAGGAAAGGCCAUUAAGCUGCAGAUGUUUGGCAGCUGCAGGCAAAGGAAGUGCCUGAGAAGGAGGGAGUGAGACUCCGCUGGGCUGCAGAAGGGAUUGGAGGCCUGACUUGUGCUCUCCAUAGACAGUAUGCCUCUUCCACCACCUCCUUCCUCGCCUCCGCCACCUUACCCACACUCCAGAGAGUCUUUGAGCCUUAACUGGCCCUUCCUGCGAAGUCUGUUGGGAGUUUUGCGCAUAUUGCAGCUGGUGGCUGGUGCUGUUUGCUGGAUUACUUUGGCAGCACACAAGUAUGAAGGGGCGACCUACUUUGCGGUCUUUGCUGCAGUCCUCGUGUGGUUGCUCACCUUAGCUAUCUUUGGGCUCAGCUUACUGGGCCGCUGGGCUCUGGUGCCAGGGCUGGGGAGCCGCUGGCUCAUCACUAAUAUAGUGCACGAUCUGCUGUUUGGGGUCAUUCUCUUCUCUGCUGCUGCAGGCAUCAUGGUCCAUAAGGCACAGGAUGUCAGCUACUGCAACGUGAGUGCCUACAAGUUUCCCUGCAGUUACAGUGCCUACCUGAGUGCUGCCAUCUUUGCAGGCAUUGCUGCUGUCUUCUACCUGCUUUCAGGACUCUACUGCCUGGUACGCCGUUCCCGGGGGCACCAUGACAUCGUCUAAGAGAUGCAAGAAGAUAGAUCGAUACACAGGGAUAGACACACUCUUCUUCAAACAGAUGGACAAGCCUCACGCAUGUAUCAUCCCCACAGUCAGAUUGCUCCUUGCUCCAGACAUGCCAGCUUGCCUUCAAGACAUCAAUAGACUUUCCCUAUGGAGAAUCUGACCCUGUCACCAGCAGAAGGAUGUGGGCUUUUGUGACCCUGAACUGGAACUGGUAUGCUCUUUAGCUGAAACCUGGGAGCCAGAUUGUGGGCUCUCCUUCUUUCUCUUCCUCCUUCAUGUGGCAGGUGGGACUUUCUGGGUUUGGGAGGGUUUUCUAUGGCCAGGCUUGUGACAUCAGUGAGUGCCACAGUGAGUCCUGGAAACUCAUGAUCAUUCAACAUGAUUCUUAGUUCUUACAAGAGCAAUUUUAGUUUAGCGUGUAGUCCUUCGCAAUACGUAUAUAUUUAUGCCUUACACAUAAGAUCCCACUUUUAUAUUGAAACUAAUUAAGUGAAUUAAUUGAAUAAUUGAAUAAUCAUCUACUGGGAUAAUCCUCUGGUUUAUUAUUUUACAGCAAAACGGAAUUUAGAGAUCACCCACAAAGGCUUCCAUGAAAAGUUUUUGUUUGCUCUGUCCCGUUCUGUUUUUAAUCAUAUAUUUAUAAGUAAUGGCUUUUAAAAUUACGUCUGUAUUUUGGAUAGGACCUUGAUGUGGAUAUUGUAGCCUUUCUGCCACAGCAACACACCUUCCAGGAUUUUGUACACUCUAACCUGAAAGUCCUGCAUUGUAACCCAGCUCUUGGGCUCUGCCUCUUCAGAUAUGAGGGAAAUGCACUUUGUGUAUGUUUAGACAUGCCCUCUUUUUAUUAUUAUGUCAUAUGUCCUAGAGAUGAUGCCAGAGAGGGGUUUCUGGACUGAGCGCUGGUAAACUUUCUCUCAAAUUAAGCCGUGCUUCUGACCAUGGACCAUAACUGUUGCUUUCAUUUUUUUCCUGUAUUAGUUCAUCUAUCAUUUCCCACAAAACCUCAGGGACCAUUGCUUCAUGGAAAAGGAAGCCAGCUCACAGGCUAAUCAGUCAUGGAUAAUAGGGAACAGUUGGAGCAUUUGUUUGGGGGGGGGAGGGGGGUUGAUGGGGACCAUGCAGGAAAGAGGCCCCUUGUGGCAGGGAAGGAAGUGCUCAUGGUCAGGGUUAGGAUGAAGACCAGCCUGCCUCAUAUAUGAGGACCCCCCACCCAAGCUGUCUGGGAUGACCAGUCCCCAUUGCGGGGGAUCAGGACCUAUUAAGGUAGAUUUGCAACCUAAUGCUUGACUCCUGGAGGUACCAAGAUUACGCUCCCACAUAAGAAGGUCCAUUUCUACUGAGAUAAGAGUAACAUUUGAGAGCCAGUGUUUAAGUAUUGGACCAGGAUCUAGGAGACCCAGGUUCAAAUCCCUGUUUUGCCAUGGAAGUUUGCUGGAUAACCUUGGGCCACUCAGACACUCUUAGCUUAGCUUACCUCACAAGGGUUGUUGUGAAGAUAAAAUGGAGGAGAGAAGAAUGAUGUAAGCCUCCUUGGGUCACCAUUGGGGUCAUAAAUGAAGUAAAUAGAUGUAAGAUUCAGACUGGGCUCUCAAUUAGGGUAAAACAAGCUGUUGCGGCACUCUGUGCUGUGGCUAUGCAUUCUCCUACUCUCCUCAUAAUCUGGAAAAGCCUGUUCAAUGUAUUUUGCAUCGAGCACUGAGAUAAUGUCCUCCGUAAGUAGGAGAACACAUGGGAUUUUGUGGCUCUAGGGCACCAUGAAAAUAUAAGCUUUGAGCAAAAACAGGCAAGCAAGAACUGCAGUUGGGAGAGACCUGGGGGAAAAUGUGAUUGCUCUAGAAGCUGGCAUUUGGUUACAUCUUAUGGAAACCCUCAGAUAGGAUAGGUAUCCAUACUGGGUGAAUUUCUAAGCCUAGCCUAACAGAAAGAUUAGACACACUGCUGCCUGGAACUACAUUUCUGUAUCAUGUGAGAGAGUCAGAAUUGAUUUGUGUGCGACAGCAAACAAUUCAAGCUGUGGUGUGUUCAUGUUUCUGGACUGGCAUACAUUGGACUUUAACACUGCCUGCUCCUGAAGGAGGAGAUGCCUCAGAAAUACUGAAGUGCCAAGUAAUGGAUCCCCACAGACAACCCUUCUGCUGUGUGUCUAAGUCAAAUUCAUUUAGGAGCUGCUGAAACUGCCUUGUCCUAAGGCGCUACAAUGAAUGUGCCUUUUGUUCCAGUAGUUUUCAAAUGGUGGGAAUGGCUCAUUUUUUUUGUUGGAGUCUUCCUCACCCAAACAUGAGACUGUAUUUCAGCAACAACUCACAAGCUGGUAAAUGUAAUUACUUAACCAGAGAAGCCGGGAACUCCCCCAGAAGUCCACCUCACCUGUCCUUCUGCUCAAGACACCAAACAAUCCUGCUACAGCCACUGGACAUUACUGACAUUUUUCUGUUCUGCACAUCAGCAAAAACACUGACCCUGUCUGUUUUCAUCCUCCUUAUGGUGUCCUGCCAAAGAUAUUUCUUAGAGUGGGGCAUAGAAGAACUGCAGUCUGACAGUUGCUUUGAAAGGAAAUCUACUCUUUCCCCUUGAUCAGCCCAAGACAGAUCCUAUGGUCGGGGGAAGUGGCUUCUGCAGAAACCUGUGUCCAGAGGAGGCCCUUGAUACCUUGCAGUCCCUGAGGUGGUAAGGAAGCUACGGAGUCAUAAGCCUCACAUAUGCUGAAUCCAGGACUUCAUCUUGAGGGCACCCCCUCCACCUGGUACAGGAAGCCACUGAGAAGAACUGGGAGAGAGUGCAACUAUGUUAGACUCUUGCCACCUUUUUUGUUUGGGGGAGGGACGUCAGGGGCUUUGCAGCUUCCCUGGAGCUUGCUGUGUGCCUCAACAGCAGUGUGGAGUAAAUCUGAGCAAUAAAUGUGACAUCAGUUUUUUGUUCCUCCUGCCACAGUGUGCUCCCAGUGUACUAACUGGGGAAAAGAAAUCAGUGCUGCCAUGGUGGAAGGAGAAGCACUCUGACAUACGAGGCUGGCCAAGACAUUUAAGGCUUUUCAGCCAAUUCUUACUUCUCAACAUUUCACACUUUGAUUCUGACUCCUAUUAUCAGUUUCUAUACAGGAAUCUAAUUUGAAUAUGGCUGUGUCCUAAAGGUUACAUUCCAGACCCGUC